AUGGCGGUGGGCGUGCGAAUGCCUCCUGGGAACUACAACCUCGAGUUCACGGGCGUCACAGACCCCUUGGAUCUCACAGAUCUCGCGCUCUACGCUCGGAUCAUCAGAUCGUGUGGGGCUUCCAGGGAUUUGGCAGCGGCCCGGCGAGCCCACGACAAGAUCCUUGCGACCAAGCACAAGAGCAGCCUCUACCUCAAUAAUCUCCUCAUCGAGAUGUAUGGCAAGUGUGGCAGCAUCGAAUCUGCGCGCCGCGUCUUCGACGCCAUCGAAUCCCCGAACGAGUUCUCCUGGGGGAUCAUCCUGAACGCGAGCGUCCAAAACGGGCAUUUGCAAGCGGCCAAGGCCCUGUUCGCUCGGAUGCCCGAGCACUCGGUUGUGACUUGCAACACCGUGAUCACGGCUCUCGCGGAGAAUGGCUACUUGGAAAACGCGAGAGAUCUCUUCGAGACAAUGCCCGACCGCGACAUUGUCACCUGGAACUCGAUGAUCCAGGCGUUUGCUCUUGGUGGGCGAUUGGCCGAUGCCAAGGAGGUGUUCGAUCGGAUGCCCCAGCGCGAUCUAAUCUCGUGGGCGACGAUGAUCACCGCUUAUGCCAACCUUGGCGAGCUCCAUGAUGCCGUGACGAUGUUUGAGAAGGCACCAGAGGCGAGCGUUAUAACUUCAACCUCCAUUGUCCAAGCAUAUGCCCAAGCCGGGCAUCUCUCACGGGCUAGAGAUGCUUUCGACGCGAUGCCGUUCAAAAACAUCGUGACGUGGACGACUAUGAUCGUGUCGUACGCAGAGUACGGGCAGCUAGAGGAAUGUAAACGCCUGUUUGAGAAGAUGCCAGAGAGAGACAUAGUGGCAUGGACGGCACUAAUGUCAUCUUAUGCCCAGAAUGGGCAUAUUGAAGAAGCGAAGAAGUUCUUUAAUGGAAUGCCAGAGAAGAGUCUGGUGGCGUUUAACACAAUGAUCACUGGAUUUGUGUUCUGUGGCGAGCUUGAGCAGGCGAGAGAAGUCUUUGACGCAAUGCCUGAUCGAAACAUCGUCUCCUGGACAGCGGUUGUUGCAGCAUAUGCUCAGACUGGUCAUUUGCGGAUCGGGCAGAGGCUCUUCGAUGAAAUGCCAGAACGCAAUAUCGUGACUUGGAACACCAUGAUCUACGCCUACGCCGAGAAUCGAAAGUCAAGAUUCUCGCUGGAGCUCUUCCGAAAGAUUGACCAAGAGGGAUUAGAGCCCAAUUCCACGACAAUGCUUGGCGUACUCACGGCGUGCUGCCAUAUGGGGCUGCUGGACGAGAGCCAAAGCCAGUUUCUAUCGAUGAAGCCGGACAGAUCGAUCGAGCCGGGGUCCGAGCACUAUUGCUGCAUGAUCACGCUGCUAGGGACGUCGGGCAAAAUCCGGGAUGCGGAGGAGCUCGUGGAUACAAUGCCAUUCCAGCCGGAUGUGACAAUGUGGACGUCGCUGCUUGGCUGCUCCAAGAUCCACGGCGAUGCGACGCCUGGGGAGAGAGCUGCGAGACAAGCGUCUGGGUUGAUCCCAAGAAACUCUUCUCCGUACUUGCUGUUGUCUAGCAUGAUACAAACCAAGACAGGGUCUUGA